CGUCUGCCGGGACAACAUGGCCGCCACGUCCGCAGCUCCGCGGCGCAGCCUCGUCGUCGCGGCGGUGCGCUGCUUCCUCGCGGCUCUGGCGCUGGUCGGCUCUGCGCGCGCCGCCCCCACCGUCAACAUACUGUUCGUGAACGACGAGGGCAACUCGGCGGCCGAGAAGGCGGUGGGCGCGGCGCUGGAGAAGCUGAAGAAGGCCGGCGGCGACUUCCACGUGGACCGCGUGUCCGGCAACGGCACGGACGCCCACGACUUCCUGGACAAACUGUGCAAGGUGUACAACGACUCGCUGGAGGCGUCGCGGCCGCCGCACCUGGUGCUGGACACGACCAUCUCAGGGGUGCCCUCCGAGGUGCUCAAGUCCUUCACGUAUGCGCUGGCGCUGCCCACGCUGUCGGCGUCGCACGGCCAGGAGGGCGACCUCAGACAGUGGCGCAACCUGGACGAGGAGAAGGAGAAGUACCUGGUGCAGAUCAUGCCGCCGGCCGACAUGCUCCCGGAGGUCAUCCGCAGCAUCGCCUACACGCAGAACAUCUCCAACGCCGCCGUGCUUUUCGACGACUCCAUCGUGAUGGACCACAAGUACAAGUCGCUGCUGCAGAACAUGCCAACGCGUCACGUGAUCGUGAAGGCAGGGGAGAACCUGGGCAUCAAGGAGCAGCUCGCCAAGCUGCGAGGCCUCGACCUCUUCAACUUCUUCGUCAUCGGCCGCCUCAGCACCAUCAAGACGGUGCUCGACUUCGCCAACAUUAACAAGUUCUUCGCCACGCACUUCGCUUGGCACGCCAUCACGCUGGAGUCGGGCAACCUGAAGUGCAGCUGCUCGGAUGCCAACAUCCUGUUCCUGCAGCCAGAGCCGGACGCCGAGUACAAGGACCGCGUGCAGCAGCUCAAGAACGAGUUUGGCCUGGACGAGAAGCCCGAGAUCACCUCCGCCUUCUACUUCGACUUCGCCGUGAACGCGCUCAAUGCCAUAAAGAGCAUGGUGGAGGCGGGAACAUUUCCCACAGACAUUAAAUAUGUGACUUGCGACGAGUACACGGAGGAGACAGCGCCCACCAGGACUAAUCUAGGACUCAUGGAGGCCCUGAAAGAGGUGAAGCAGGAGCCAUCCUAUGCCCCGAUUCGCCUCGAGAAGAAUGGCCUCAGCUACAUGGAGUUCACGCUGAAGAUGACACGGGCUAACAUCGUGAACAGCAAGCUGGAGAAGUCCGAGGAGGUGGGCACGUGGAAGGCUGGCUUCGACGAGCCUCUGCAGAUCUCGGAUGAAAGUAUCCUCAGCAACAUGACGGCCAUCACCUUCUAUCGAAUCGUGACGGUGGAGCAAAAGCCGUUCAUCAUAAAGGACGGCGUGGACGAGAAAGGGCGACCCAAGUUCAAGGGCUACUGCGUCGACCUGAUCAACGAGAUCCGCAACAUCACGGAGUUCGAGUACGAGAUCUUUGAGGCGCCUGACGGCAAGAUGGGCAACAUGAACGAGAAGGGCCAGUGGGACGGCAUGAUAAAGGAGCUGAUCGAGAAGAGGGCGGACAUCGCACUGGGCUCGCUGGCGGUGAUGGCGGAGCGCGAGAACGUGAUCGACUUCACGGUGCCCUACUACGACCUGGUGGGUAUCACAGUGCUCAUGAAGAAACCCAAAGCACCUACAUCGCUCUUCAAGUUCCUCACUGUGCUUGAGAAAGAUGUGUGGCUCUGCAUCCUCGCCGCAUACUUCUUCACCAGUUUUCUGAUGUGGGUGUUCGACCGAUGGAGCCCAUACAGCUACCAGAACAACCGCGAGAAGUAUAAGGAUGACGACGAGAAAAGGGAGUUCAACUUGAAGGAGUGCCUCUGGUUCUGCAUGACAUCACUGACGCCUCAGGGGGGUGGUGAGGCGCCCAAGAACCUGUCCGGGCGCCUGGUGGCCGCCACCUGGUGGCUGUUCGGCUUCAUCAUCAUCGCGUCCUACACUGCCAACCUGGCUGCCUUCCUCACCGUGUCGCGUCUGGACACGCCCGUGGAGUCCCUGGAGGACCUCUCCAAGCAGUACAAGAUCCAGUACGCGCCGCUCAACGGCUCCUCCGCCAUGACAUACUUCCAGCGCAUGGCCGACAUCGAGAACAGAUUCUACGAGAUCUGGAAGGACAUGAGCCUGAACGACAGCCUCUCGGACGUGGAGCGCGCCAAGCUGGCGGUGUGGGACUACCCCGUCAGCGACAAGUACACCAAGAUAUGGCAGGCCAUGAAGGAGGCCAAGUUCCCCAACACCAUGGAGGAGGCUCUGGAUCGGGUGUUCGCUUCCAAGUCCUCCAGCGAGGGCUUCGCCUUCAUCGGGGACGCCACUGACAUCCGGUACCUGGUGCUGACCAACUGCGACCUGCAGAUGGUGGGCGAAGAGUUCUCCAGGAAGCCAUACGCCAUCGCCGUGCAGCAAGGGUCGCCCCUCAAGGACUUGUUCAAUAACGCGAUCCUGCAGCUGCUCAACAAGCGCAAGCUGGAGAAGCUGAAGGAGAUCUGGUGGAACCAGAACCCCGAGAGGAAGGUGGACUGCGAGAAGUCGGACGACCAGUCUGACGGCAUCAGCAUCCAGAACAUCGGCGGCGUCUUCAUCGUGAUCUUCGUGGGCAUCGGCAUGGCGUGCAUCACGCUCGCCUUCGAGUACUGGUGGUACAAGUACCGCAAGGACCCCAAGGUGGUGGACGUCAGCCAGCCCGCCAUGGUGCGCCAGGCCGUGGCACCCAGCAAGCUGGACGCGGGCGUCACCAUGGGCUUCCGGCCGCGCCCCAUCCACCCCGACAACUUCAGGAGACACAACAUGCCACUUGCCGGUGUUGCCAACCCUUGGUAGGCGAGCAGCCAGCGAGGUGACGUCACCAUCUUUGCAACCACCCCAGCAACCGACGGCUUCGUCUACCAACCUUCUGAAGCCGAUAGCCACCGUAGCAUAAUACGAGCAACGUAUUGCAUAUGCAAGCCGUCCGUUUCACUGGAGAAAGCGAGAGACAAUUGGUUAUCAUCACAAGCCACUAAUACCUAUGAUGUUAUUUUAGGGUUUACAAUUACUUUAGAUUUUUUUAUCAUUUUGGUAUGUAGUAACCUACGUUAAGUGUGAGUGAAUUUGCUUUUUAAAGUUUAUUAAUCGAGUUUGUGUGUGUGACUGUCCAGAUAAUUAUUUUGUAGUGACUAACACUGAGAUUACUUAGCACAGGAUUUUUUUUUCCUCCAAAUGUGUGUGAAAUGGAUUUGUCAAAGCGGACUAAAAACCAACCUCUAAUGUUAGCUUUCUAGAUACUUUGAAAGUUUUCGCAAGAAUCAAAGAAUGUAUUGCGAUGCAAAAGUAAGAGGUCUCCAAAAGUUCGAAUCACGCCCUUAAAGACACACUUCGGGAGAAACGAGUGUGACAGUCGAAGUGGCCUAGCCAGCCCGCGCCGAACAUGAGAGCAAACUCACCUACAGGCGUACCAACUGUAUUUUCAGACAGGCUACUCCGCGGGAACAAAUCUCACUUAAAAAAGAGAAAUAGCAAUAAAUGUUAAAUACAGGGGAGUUGUUUUUGGAUUCAGAACAGUGCUUCUGAAAAAUAUCGCAGUGGAAGGAAUUCCCGUGAUAAAUAUAUCAGUGCUUGCUCACGCCCAACGCAGAUUGUUCUAAUGUGCUUAAAACUGUCUUUUCACGUUUUUGGCCCUUUCAAACUUAAAUGUUACUUUUACCCUGUGAAUAUUUUAUAUUACGUAUAAAAAAGGAGUUCUUUUUAUCUCUCAUAUAUUGAGUCAGAGCUGACUGUCGCAGACGUUAAGCUUCAGCCAUAUUUGGUGCGAGGAAAUUUGGGAAUUCGGGUUCAGUAGUAAGGUUUGGAUGUACGUGCCGUUAAAAAAUGCAUUUUUAUUUAUCUGAAUUGAUAAAACCUUCCCCCAAUCAGUACAACAACACAAAGAGUGGGGGCUUUAACAAGCCCCAACAAAAUAAAAAUAAACAUUUUUUGUUGAACUGCGGUGUGAAAUGAAUGUAAGGGCAAUGGAGGAAAAGUUCGUUAAUACCUACUUGCAUGUUCAUUGGCCACGAAGUCGUGGAAGCAAUACUGCAGUAAGCAGGGUCCGGAUUGUAGAGUGGCUAGGGGCGGGACUGAAGUUACUCGAUGACCUGGACAAGGGGGGAGGGGCAAACAAGGGGUGGGAUGAACAUUGGCCGGAGUGGUUAGCUGAGUGAAAAGGGGGCCGAGGUGGUGACUAAGCCGGGAUGGGUAGCCCUAGCCUCUGGUCAUAGCUGAAGCUCUAACACCUUUCCUGAUUAAAAAAAGGCGGAGCAAUCCCUUAUACAGUUCUGGCUUUAUUCAUCGGCUCUGGAAUGUUUACAUACAGAUCUGUAGGUUGACUCAAAAACUACUGAGAGGAGAGGUAGAGGAUAAGCCGGCCUUCGGGUUGGAAAACACUGCUCACGUCCGUGUGGUGGUGACUUGAACUCCCCCGAGUUAUGGAGUGCGGUGGGAUAGGCUUCUGUAAGUUAUAUGCUGUGAAACAUCAACACUCUUCACUACUUUUUGAAUCCUUGUAGAAAUAAGCAUAAACUAUUUUACCUAAUAUAUUCAACUUGAGUCCACGACAAAGGUUGAAAAAUAUUGAUAUUUUACUAAAAAGAUUUUGUGAGUAACUGUACAAUCUUGCACUAUCGCAUGCAUCAAUAACAAGUUAUAUCGUCACUCCAUUUUGACUAGCCAUGUUUGAGUUUUCCUGUCAUUGAUGUAACAGCAUUAUUGAGUGAAAUAAAUAUAUUUAUAGUUU